CUCAACUGGUGUUGCUUGACGCCAGGCAACCCCGUCCCGUUUGCACUCAAGUACACCCUCGGCAACAUCCUCUCGCUCGGCGCCUCCUCCUUCCUGGUCGGCCCGGCACGCCAGUGCCGCACCAUGUUCGCAAAGGAGCGGCGUGCUGCCUCGCUCGCCUACCUGCUCACGCUCGCAGGCUCGCUGCUCUCUCUCCUCCGCUCGCCCACCUGCUCUCCCCCUCCCCCGUCCCUCGCCUCACUUCAUUCCACGACUAGUAGUCUGGGACUAGGCACGCUGCUCUCCAUCUUUUGGCUGCGGCUCGCCAUCCUCGCGCUGCUCUUCAUCCUCCUCCAGUUCGCCGCACUCACGUGGUACAUGCUCUCCUAUAUCCCCUACGGCCGCGCGCUCGCCUCCCGCCUCGUCAGGCGGCAGCUAGUGCGGCACGGAGUGUUGUCGCCGGCGACUGCGCCCAUCAGACCGGCGGUGGAGCCGUCGUAG